AUGAGGUGGCCUACAAUCCUUCUCGCCUUCCUCGCCGUUGCCGUGGCCCAGGACUCAUCCUCCGAAUCCUCUACCGAGUCGGGUAAAACCACCGAUGAGCCUACUGUUGUGUCGGUCACAACACCCGUGGCCCUUCCCUCGGGUAGCUACCAAGAACCUAGCACAACGAUCACAUUAAGUGAUGGCGAUAAGUCGGUCGUUCCAGUGACCUCCCAUCAUAAUGGUACAAUGACUGCCUCCAACCAGACGGCCGUCACCACAACUUCCGACUCCUUGACUUUACUAGUGGGCGGUGGAGGAACAACAGUGAUCGGGAACUAUAGCAUGAACGCGACAGCGACUACAACUAGUACAGCUACCAAGGCGCCUGUCGUUAAUACACGACCAUGCAACAACUACCCCGAGUUCUGUGUCAGGAAGUAUUCCAACAUUACCAAUGUCGCAGCGCACAACAGCCCGUUCGUGCGCAAGAACAGCGUCGCCGCCAACCAGGUGUUAGACGUGACAACACAAUUGAAUGAUGGAAUUCGCACGUUGCAAUUCCAAACUCACUACGAGAAUGGCACGAUGUACCUGUGCCACUCAAACUGCCAAUUGCUCAACGUCGGUACCCUCGAAGCAUACCUGUCCGAUGUCAACACGUGGAUGCGAAAGAAUCCAUAUGAUGUGGUAACCUUCAUCAUCGGCAACUUCGACUAUGUCAAGCCCGAAAACUUCACCAUCCCGAUCUUCGACUCCGGAUUGAAGGACCUCAUCUACACCCCUCCCAAGAUCCCAAUGGCUCUGAAUGACUGGCCUACACUCUCGGAUAUGAUUCUCAGGCAGAAGCGCGCAGUCUUCUUUAUGGACUACGAAGCUAAUCAGACCGCCUACCCAUGGCUGAUGGAUCAGUUCUCCCAGGUGUGGGAGACGCCCUUCUCACCCACCGAUCCGAAAUUCCCAUGCACACAACAACGUCCACCGGGUCUGUCCAAGGAAGCUGCCAAGAACCGCAUGUACAUGGCCAAUCACAAUCUGAACCUACAGUUGAAUCUCGGGGCUCUGAGCAUGUUGAUUCCCAAUACUGCUGAGAUUAGCGAGACCAAUGCUGUGAAUGGCAGUGGUAGUCUCGGUGAAAUGGCCAGGGAGUGUAACCAAACCUGGGGGCGUCCUCCCAACUUCCUCCUGGUCGAUUACUAUAACUACGGCAAUUUCAACGGCUCAGUCUUCGAGGUUGCUGCCCAGAUGAACAAUGUCACCUACAACGGUGAAUGCUGUGGCAAAACGUCCGGCGCGCUGCGCGAGGUUCCUGCCGGUAUGUCGACAGUGCUUCUGGUGGCAGUGGGAGUGCAGAUGAUGAUUUCUGCGUUUUGA